AUGUUUAAAGGGGGAAAAUACAGGAACAUAAUAGUUUAUAGCGAAGUAAAUAUAGUCCAGCCAGUGUGGCUUAGUUGGUUGAGCACUGUUUCAUGCACCAGGAGGUUGCCAGUUCGUAUUCCCAGUCAGGUCACAUGCCAAGAUUGCAGGCUCAAUCCCCACUAUAAGGUAUGUAGGAGGCAGCUGAUUGAUGUUUCUCUUUCAUCCAUGUUUCUAUAUCUCUCUUCCUCUUUCUUCCUCUCUCUGAAAUCAAUAACAUUUUUUUUAAAAGUGGUCAUUAAAUAUAUGAAUAGAUAUUCAAUAUCAUCAAAAGGAGAAAUACAAAUUGAAACUUCAAUAAUAUAA